CUCUCCUGCUGCUGUAAGCAGUUCGGAGAUGAUGAUGACGACUUUGCUUGCCGAAGACUUCAUCUGAGAUUUUCAUUUAUAAUUUCUGCUGCGUUUUACCGAUAUGAAUACCAUAUUUUGCGACAGGAUAAUUGGAAUAUAACCUUACAAUUGGAAGAUACUAUAUAUUCAUCUCUAAAACUCAGAGAGAAUUUUGUUUCUGUACGAUCAAUCCAGCACAGCACCAGCCGGGCUAUCUGGAUCUAAGUUCUGCGGGCAUUCGGCGAUUGUGGAGCGGGUGCCUGUCCGUGUGUGUGUCAUCUCGCAGCCGAUGAGUAAUCGGGGAACCGGAACGUAGUCGUAGCUGCAGAGCCAGAAAUUCUUUCGCACCAAGUGACAGCAGGUUGACAACCGAUAAAAUUAUGGCGCUGGCAAAUAGAGAUGCUGAACCAGGAAGGCGUGGUCUUUCUCUGAAGUUGAAGAUACAUACAAGUACACCAAACCUUGUAGAGAACCAAACAGAUUUUAACAAUGGACCCAGUCAGGAGAGGGAACAGUUAAAUUCAAUGAGAUCAAGAAGCAUGGAAUCAAUUGGAAAGUUAAGCAUAUCCCCUGAUGAGACGUAUGAGUUCACAUCAGAAGACUUGGAUGACAUGGGAGAGAUCGGAAGGGGUGCUUUUGGUUCAGUGAACAAGAUGUGGCAUAAACAGAGUCAAAGUAUUAUGGCUGUCAAGAGAAUACGUUCAACAGUAGAUGAGAAGGACCAGAAGCAGCUCCUCAUGGAUCUGGAUGUUGUAAAGAGAAGUGCUAAUUGUGUCUACAUCAUUAAAUUCUUUGGUGCUCUCUUCAAGGAGGGAGAUUGCUGGAUUUGUAUGGAGCUUAUGGAUUCUUCUCUUGAUAAAUUCUACAAGUUUGUGCAUGAAGUCCAAAACACAUUUAUACCAGAAAAUAUCAUGGGAAAGGUUGCAUAUGCGACUGUAAAAGCUCUAAAUUACCUAAAGGAAACCCUCAAAAUCAUUCACAGAGAUGUGAAACCAUCAAAUAUCCUCUUAGACAGAGGAGGCAACAUUAAAUUGUGUGACUUCGGAAUCAGUGGUCAGCUUGUAGACUCAAUAGCAAGAACGAUGGAUGCUGGCUGUAAACCAUACAUGGCUCCUGAGAGGAUAGAUCCCUUCCAAUCAAGACCUGGUUAUGAUAUCAGAUCAGAUGUAUGGAGUCUAGGAAUCACAAUGUAUGAGGUAUCAACAGGGGAGUUCCCCUAUCCUAAAUGGAACAGUGUUUUUGAGCAGCUCUCUCAGGUCGUCAAAGGUGACCCACCAAGGUUGAAAAACAGUGACAAGCAUUGCUACUCAGAAGACUUUAUUUCCUUUGUCAAUAAAUGUCUUACAAAGGAUGAGAAGUACAGGCCAAAGUACAAGAAUUUAUUAGAGUACAAAUUCAUCAAAGAAUACGAACACGCCAACAUCGACAUCGCAACCUAUGUCUCAGAGAUCCUCCUUGCGAUGAGUGGACAGAGUUGAGCCAUGCUGUUAAUUUAAUAGACUUUCACUGUAUAUCAGGAGAAAACUCAAAACAGCCAAACAUCAUGCUCUUUGAUAGUGCUAUUCUUCAUGUGUUUCACCAUAGGACUCUCUAUGCGUGGGACUGUUUUGAAAGGAGUCUUCUGAUCUUGGGAGCGUUCACAUGGCGUUUUAAAUGGGACUUUUAAUGGGACUGCUUCACAGUUCAGUGCUGAUGAGAACAAAGGGUUCUGUGGGAACAUUGCUGUUGUUCUUUUUGUGCUUUUUUAUUGUGUUUGGGAUAUUACAUCUAAAGUUUCAUUUAUUUCCCUCCUUAAAAAUCAAAACAAUUUUGGUGAUUUGCUUGUAAGUGAACAUAGCCUCGUGUUGCCAGCAACAAGGGUGACAGUAUUAAGCCUUUUGGUCAUGUUCUUUAACUCCCACCAUCAUCCAGAUUAAAUGUAAUUUUGCCAAAAGGAGUUUGAAUAAGCAAGAACUUGAUCUGUUAACUGCCAAUAAAAUGGGUGCCCAGUAGGUUGCAAAUCCAAUAUGAUAUGCUGAGUAAUUUGAGCUUGGUUUCUCUUGUUGGAACGCUCCCCAGGGAGUAGAGAAAGUGCGGACAAUGCAUCUGGUUAAGCCAGGUCUGAUGACCAGGAAAUGAUAUAUCUGUAUACCACCUAGCAAAAAUCAUCCCAAUACAUUGUGGAAGAUAAUUAUUAGGGAAAUUCCAUAAAGUAUGUACAUGUACAUUCAACCCUACAUGCGGGACCUUCAUGAGAUCAUUUGUAUUUUGUACUUCAUAUAAAAUGAUUCAAUGCUCUCAAGUUUUCUUGGCUUAAGUAGUUCACGAAGUGGAAUAAUGAUGGAAAAAAUGGGGGUCAGACAUGCAAAAUGGUUGAUUGAUUUAAAAUGGAAUGGCCAAUUAUGAUUUCAAAAUGAUCUUGAGUGGAGCAUUUGAUAAAUAACUGUCUUGUAAGUGAAUUCCACAGACAAAAUGGAUCUUCACUAGAGGAAACCUGUCUGAAAACUACAUGAGGAAAGACAGUCACAAAGCUGGUAUCCUCUUGCGUAUUGUCUGCCGAUUGUAUCUUAUGAAGUUCUCAACCAGUCUCUGGGGUGUUUCACAAAGAUAUUGGCAAGUUAAAGAUGGCUUUAUGUGUAAAUGUCUGUAAGUAUGAAUAAAAAAAUAUGCACUAAAGGAUUCUGGAUGGUAAUUGCUAAGAAAUUAGCAACAUAGCUUGGCAUUUCAGUCAAAUUUCAGAUUUUUUCCAGUCAAAAAUAAUACACUGUCCCACAUGUGCUUUUCUGUGGUGUCGAUCUUCACUUUGAUCAUUUUCAGCUUAGAUUUCAUGAUUUCACAGAGUUCAGUCUAGGUAAGAGUACAGAUCUAUAUCUAUGACGAUAAAGUGACAAUUUACUUUGGUUUUACAGACUUUCUCAUAAAAUCAGUGUUCAUUGCAAUAUCAUUAAUGUAUCUUUAAGUCUGAAGCUGCUUUUGAUUUCUGAAAUUAUUUAUCAAAUCUAAUUAGUGAUAUAGGAAAUGUUAAAACAGGAAAGCCAUUUCCAGUUUCAUUUAUGGUCUGAGCAGUCUAUUUUUCAAAUCGCUUGCCCAAGUUUGAUAUUCCUUUAUUAAAUAAAGUCAUUUUGCAAGAUUCCUGUCAUCUUGCUAUCAACUGACUUCUUUUGAAUAAGACUUGACAGUAAUUGAUAUUUAUUUGCCAGAACUUGUGCUUCUAAAUUUAGCUGCAUAUCGAUUGUUUUCUGUGCAUAUGUACGUGUGUAUAUGUGUGUGAGUCUCUCUCUCUCUCUCUCUCUCUGUUUGUUUGUAUGACUGUCUGUAUGUUCCAUGCACCAUUGUGGGGGUUCAAUGGGCACAAUGAAAAAAAAACUUGUUAUUAAGUAAGCCUCCUUCAUGUAUGUCAUGAAAAAGCUCAACAGAAAUUUCUGCAGUGUUUAAACAUUGAAAGACAUCUUACUUGUUUUUUGCAUUAUAUGCAUCAACUCUCAAAUGAUGAUUUGUUCAAACUGUGCAGAAAAAAAUUGCUUUUGACAGUCUCAUCCAUCCACAAUGUGGUUUGUGACAAAAAUACUCUGCAUCUUUAACAAUUUAUCUGAUGCCUCAUGUCCUGCCAAUUUUGUAAUAAUAAUAAUAUACAGUUCUUGUAUAGCGCAUAUCACAAUUAUGAAUAGUAUCUCUAUGCGCUUCCAAAGGACUUGGAUAUUAUUACCCCAGCUGUAGCUUGGUAGCCGUAAUUCCUAAGAUUACAGCGCACACGCAUUUCAAGGAAUAAAUUCCUGCCAGGUACCCAUCCACCUCACCUGGGUUGAGCGCAGCACAAUGUGGAUAAAUUUCUUGCCCAAGGAAGGAAAUUACGCCAUGGCUGGGAUUCGAACCCACGACCCUCUGUUUCAAAGUCCGGAGACGAAUCCACUGGGCCACAACGCUGUACAUAAAUGUUGCUCAAGAUUUCAUAUGACAUCGUAGUAAAGCAAAGUAAAACUCGAGGCAAGAUCUCAAAGGUUUUUGUGCAAAGGAAACAUGAAGUCAAGGUAUGCAAAAUAAAUCACUGUAAUAUUUGAUUGUGCACAUGUUUUGUUGCUUUGUGAAUUUUAGCAAACUUUAUUUAAAAUGAAUAAUUUUUGGGCAAUCAUGGUUACAAUGAAUUAAUUGCAAUUAUGAUAAGCUGCAUACAGUGUAUGCCAAGUUGUAAAUGUUCUAAAGGGAGUUUUGCUGCUAUCAAGUGUGAAAUAUAUGUAUAUCUGCCAUGUUUUUUUAUUACAACCAAGACGAAAGGAUUAGUUAGUGUAAGUUUCAGUAUUUGUAGUCAUUAUCAUCAUCAUAAUGAUAUAAACUUGAAUUGCCACCACCAUCAUCACUGAUAUAAUAAUCACCAUCAUCAUCAUCAUCAUUCCCACAAGAACCAAACUUUGCAUCAGCAUACAUAUAGAUUCAGAAUAUAUACUACUUUAUGAUGUAUAGGAGGGUUUCUUUCUGAAACCAUGUUUGAUGUGUAAAACCAGAAAAAAACUGUAGUAUGUGUGAUGCGUUGGUACUUUUCAUACUAAAUCUCAUUUUGCAAAAGAUGCUAUUGUAUAAUUUCACAUGACAUGUCUCUGAAUUCUUAUGGUUUUCUGUAACAACAUGGAAAUCUGCUCUCAUUUUCAUGUUAACAUGCCAUAUUGCCAAAGUUAUUUGGGUUUUUAAGGAAAGUGACAAUUAACCAAAGCCAAUACCGCGAGUGCUCUUUGCAAACACUCAGGAAAAUGUCAUAAUGUCAUAAUGUGCACUCCUGACUAGUUUCAGCUGUUUCUAUUCAAAUGAAGUCUAGAUAGUAGGUAUUAGAUGAUGGUUUAUUUUCAGUUGGUCUAAUAAUGCCAAUUCAUCCAAUUGCCAACUCGUCUACUAUCAUUUGGUCUACCCUCAAUUUGUCCACUAUCCACAUGGUCUAAUUGCCAUUUCGUCCACUCUCCAUUUCAUCUAAAAACCAGUUGGUCCAAUAGCCAUUUAGUCCAUGUACCAUUUAGUCUAAUUGGACUAAAUGUUAAAUUGGCAAAAUGAAAAUGAAACGAAAAUGGGUAUUAGACUAAAUGGUUGUGAGAUGAAGUGGUCAUAGGCAAACUGGUGAUUAGAUAGAGUGAUUAUUGGACCAAAUGGUUGCUAGACGAAAUGUUGAUGUACUGAAUGGCAUUACACUAAAAGAAGGUAGACAAUGUGAUGGGUGGACGAGUUGGCAAUAGACAAAUUGGCAAUUUACCUUAGAUGAUAUGAGGCCCAUCGCAGAUAGAGUUGCUAUUAAACACAAUUCUAAAAAAUCAAACUAAUCAACUAAUCAGAAGUGCCCAUUCGGUAGUUGCAUUUGAUUUUUUUAAGUUGCAUAUCAAUCCUUUUUAAAAAUCAAACCGUUGGAUGUCAAAACUAUGUUUAUGCAAUAGUUUUGAAGCUUUGUAAUAUCUAAAUAAGAAUACAAACAGUACUAUCCACAAAGUAUUGUCAGCUUAGGAAGUGGCUUACUGAUGAUCUACUUUUGAAAAGUUUUCCCUACUUCAAAUAGGAUUGUAUAGAUAGUCAUGCAUUGGAUAUUAGCUUCCUAGCUAUUUUUCUUCUUUAGAAUAACCCAUUUAGCUAAUCUUAAGGAUAGCAAAAUCUGUCAUUGAGUAUUGUCACCUGCAACAACAGAAACCCAUUUAUUGCAAUAUCAGUAUUGAUAAAAUAGCAAAAUUUAUAAAUAUUCUGGGGAAAUUUAAUGAGAUAAUGUGAAAUUUUAUAUCUAAUGCAUUUAUAAUGUAUUACAAAGUCACUGGCUACCAAUUAACUGGUAUUUCUUGUUGCUGAAAAUGAAUUUACAGAUUGUAAAAAUGCUAAUAAUAUGUUUGGUAGCAUGGUAUUACUUAAAUGUAAGUUACCAGUGGACUUUCUUUGUUUAAAGUGAACAGUGUUAGCUUGAACGUACAUAGGAAAUAUGAGAAUGGUUCAAUGGAGAUAGAAAAUUGUGAGAAUUUGAUAUUUUUAGAAGAGAAUCAUGAAUUUCAUAGGUAAUUGAGGAAUAGGAGUGCAAAAAUAGAAUUUACAUGUGUGAGUGUUUAAUCGUGUUUGUGGACUCUGAUGCCAAACUAAUACAAAGAGAAAUGGAGAAGUGAGGCCACUAGCUUUUUAAAUGUAUAUUUGUGCUUGAAAAUGCAUGGAAUCAUGCAAUUUGAAUGGAUAUUUAUUGCUUAGAAUUGUGUUUUCCCAUGCUUUGGAUAUGACAAAAGUUUUUGUUUUGUUUGUUCAUCAAAAGCAUAAAUUCAUGAAAUGUGAAAAAUCAUGCCUUCUCCUGUUUUGUUCAAUCACAAAUUUGCCAUACUGUCUUUACGUGCUGGGGAAAGACGGUGAAUUUGUAAAAUUGAUAUCUUGACACCCCCCCCCCCCCCACACACACACACACACCCCACCCAACAUGGUACUUUGAAAAUUGGGUUGUUUUCAGUUUUCUUAUAGUGAUGAUGAAUGGAGCACAUUUGUAUUUUGGAAGGCUGGUCAUGUGUGACAUUAUUGAAGUGGAUAGUUUGAUGAAAUAUCUCCUCAGCCCUAAGAUUCAUUCAUUGAUUUUUGUUAUGUUUUGAAAGUUACCUUUUUAAUUUGCACUUGAAUGUGCAGUGAUUUCACUCUUGCUUGUGUCAUCUGUGAAAUGUUGACUCUUAUUCUGAUACUUCCUUCUGUUAUUUUUAAAUACAAAAUAUGAUUUAUUAUGAUCAAUUUUCUGUUUGGAUAUUAGUAUCUUACAAUCAAGAAUUACGAUUUGUCAACUGGACAUAUGAAUGAAUCAAGAACGGUUCAUAUCUGAUCCUGGAUGCUAUGUCAGAUUUACUGGAAUAAUGCUACAUUGUAAUCGACUAUAUAUCUCUGAAUGAAUCAAUUUAAUUCAGCUUAAAUCUGAGUUGUGUUUUUUACCCCAGAAUAAUUGUUUCAAACUUUCAUCUGGAUUUAAGAGACUGAAUUAGAAGUGUUACAGAAAAAUGAUGUCCCUUUUUUUUUCAUUGUUCAUCGGUUAAUCCUAAAUUUGCUUGCCUUGAUCAAACAGGAUGUGUAGUGUCUCUCAUAUGUUUAUUAUUGCAACAUAUCUUGAACUGCAAGAAAAAGCAACAUCAUAAUGGGCAUCUUGAAAAGUUUGUCACUUGGGUAUCUUCCCAAAAGUCAGCGAUGCAUCUUUCACAGAGGUAUCCUGCAAGCACCUUUUUAUCACUUAUCCUCACAUUCAUAAUAAACAAAAUGUGGACUUUGUGAAAGCUGCUAUGAAGAUCUUCUGUGAAUCCCACUGUUACAGUGACUCUUCUGCAUUCACCCUCAUUUUGUCUAUUAUGAUUGUGAGGAUUAGUGAUUAAGAGACUUGUAUGAUUCCUCUGUGAAAGACGAUGCACUGACUUAUGGUAAGGCGCCUUACAAUGGGUAGACAGACAAUCAGAAGGGAUGAAGGUAUUUUUAUAAAAUGUUUUUAAGAGAUUUAACUCGCAUUGAUCAGUAUUCUUGUGGGUCUGCUUUUCUGUAAAAAGGAGUCUGUAUAUUGUUUGACCAUAGACUAGUCUAUCAAAUGGAAAAUAUUCAGUUUACACAUUUUAGUUUAAAUGCAUAUCUAUUGCGCUUUACAUUCAUGAAAAUUGUUGCAUCUGUCAUUAAUUCAAGAGCACUUGACGCUCUAUUGUCACACCUUUCUUUAUUCAAGCUUGAUGUUGGCAUCAAACUUGUCAGCAUUUAAGCCUGUCUAGAGGUUCGGUUAAGGUCCAAUAAUGGAAAUUAUAUUGGAAUAUCUUCUGAUUUAAUUUUAUAAAAGUGUUUGACUGUUAAACUUGUAUUCUUCCAUUUAUUUUUAUUGAAUGUUUGAAUUUGUUUGAGAAUGUUUAGCAUCCUCUCUUGGUAAUGUUCUGGUUUUAUUUUCAUAUCAGAAAGUUUAAACGAUCUUACCCUGAGCCUUUUAAUAUAAUAUUUCACAUUUGAGAAGUGGCCUCAUGCUGAAAAGCAAAAUAAGCUGUUAUUUUUAUUUUGUUCUGGAUCUCGACCCCUCCAAAAAGUAAUUCAUGUGAAAUCGCAUAAUACAUCCAUGAAAUAAUGACAGCCACUUGGGGAGGAUUUACCAAAACUCAAAUAUUAAAAGAAUAACAUAAAUUGUUAUUUGCAAAGGGAUAUUUUUUUCUUUAAAUAACUGUAGCCUGUUUCAUAAAGAGUUGCAAUUAUGGUUACUUUGAUUCUGAUUGGCUGCUGGACCCUGUUACCAUGUUACCUCGCCUUAAUGACCGAGUUACAGCUGUUGUCGUUUAUGAAACAGACCCUUGGUCUAUGGUCAGACCUAAAUGGAAAGCAGACCCCAAUGUUUAUAAAUAUACAUGUAUGCUAGAAGAAAUCAUGUAAUUUGUCUCCUAUGAACUUGAAAGUAACUUAGUAGAGAAGAAUAGAUAUUUGAUACAAGAAUAUUAUCAAAGAUGUUGGUUGUUUUUGUGUUUUAAACAAAAUAUAGAGAAGAAUGUAUUUAUAUAUUAUCUAUAUGACUGUUGGAUUAUUGUAUGUCUCGUUAUAGCCAUAUUAUUUUGGUUCAAAAUGGAAAAUGUGAUAUCUGUUGUAAAUGUUUAUGAACUACUAAAAAGCCGUGUGUGUAAUGAUUUGUUCUGUUAUACUAUCACUGAACAUUAAAAAUGACAAAUAAACAAUGAAAA